AUGUCCGGCGAAACGGAGAUCGAAGUGUCGGUUGUGUCGGAAGAGGAUCUGGAGCUGGAGGGUUCCAGGAGUAGCUCCACACCGGCGGAGCUGCUAUUGCAGGAGAAGAACGGCAAAUCUGGCUGCGGCCUGAGCAAUCACCACCACUCCUUCAGCUUUGACACUGUGAGCAAGCCGGCGCUCAGGCCGGCCUGCAAUCCGCAGUACACGUCCUUCAGUAUCUCCAGCAUCCUUGGCAGACCGGAAUCGCCGCCCGUCGAUUCGACGACUUCCACGGGAUCUGGCGAGAGGCAGUCGUCGGACGUCGAUCGGACGUCACCCCCGUUACCCCCAGCAAACUCGCAGAACUCGCAGAGGAUCCCGCCGUCGUGCGGCAGCCCCGGCAGGAUUUCAUCCUCGCCCACAUCCUUGAGACUGUCCGGCGGUCAACGCGGCGGAUUGUCUACAGCCGGUCACACCGGACUGGAGCCCAGAGCGAAUUCCGCGGGUAUCGGUAUUGGAUGUGCUACCAGUGCUACCAGUCCAGCCGCGACCUUUUCGCCGCCCGGCGAUGCCUCUACCAAUCCACUACUAGGACACCAAGCGUCAGCGGAUCUCGCGAUGCUAUCAAGAUUGAUAGCAAGUCGAUAUCCGGUCGGCAUCGGCGGCCUGUUCUACCCAUCGACACUACAGCAUCUCCAUCAGCAGCAACAACAGCAGCAUCAGCAUCAUUCGCGGCUGGCCGCCGCGGCUUCGUCCGCCCUCAGCAAUGCCGUGCAGGUUGCCGGCCAAUCACCGGACAUUGUCGACGCCGACGGCAUUCGUGGAGUUCUACUUGGCGGUGCCGGCUGGCCGUUUCCAUGGAGGCCGGCGCACAGCUUGCAGACGCUCGAGCAUCCCUCGCCAAGCGACGUGGUCGGCACCCUCAACCGCGUCAGUCCCGCGUCCGCAUCUUUUCCUCAGCGAGACGAACUCGACGAUGACAACGCCGAUGAUCGUCUACACCGCGCGAGGAGUCCAUCAAGUGGUGACGAGGCACACGACGAUCUUGGUGAAGUUGACGACUGUGCGGAUGCCGACGGUGAAGGCGAGUCCACGUCGACAAGUCUCCAUGGCACUUCGGGUGGUGGCGGUGGCAACGGCAAUAGUAACGGUCAAAAUAACGUGCAAGUUGGCGUAGACGGUCGCGAGUCGAAUAGCAUAAAGCGCAAGAAGAAGACUAGGACAGUGUUCUCUCGGUCGCAAGUGUUCCAACUGGAGAGCACGUUUGACAUGAAGCGCUACCUUUCGUCGUCGGAGCGCGCCGGUCUCGCGGCCUCGCUCAGGCUGACAGAGACCCAAGUGAAAAUUUGGUUCCAAAAUCGGCGGAACAAGUGGAAACGGCAGCUGGCCGCUGAGCUGGAGGCGGCGAACAUGGCCCAUGCCACCCAGAGGCUAGUCAGAGUGCCGAUUCUGUACCACGAAGCGUCAGCCAGCACUGGCGCUUCCGCUGGCGUGUCGGUGACGGCGCCGGGACAACCGGGACCCCCGGUGUCCUCGGUAGGUACCUCCGCCCUGUCGCACUCGGUCGGCGUCGGAGUGGGCGUCGGUGUUGGUGUCGGUGUCGGCGUCGGCACCUCGUGCGCGCCCACCACGGCGCAGCCCAUCUUCUACUCCCAUCACCAUCAACAUCACCAUCACCACCCGGCGGCGGCUCACGUGCAGGCGCACAGUCUCUUGUCCCAUCAGGUGCACCCGCAACCGCCGCCCCCGCCUCCGCCGCCGCCCAACGGCCAACCACCGCGGACGUCCUCGCAAUAACACCGUCCGACGACUUACGAGGGUAGCGUGCGGUUGCUGCGGGAGACGACGACCCUGAACAGGAUGAUCUCCGUGAACGAUGCGACGGCGACGC